GAAAACCUUCUUUGAUGAAUCAUGGAAAGCCAAGAUUGAAGCCUUCAUCUAUCUGACACGUUCUCUUCUCCGUAAACCCUUUCAAUUCCAAUUCAACUUAGCUACGUUCUUCUUCGAAUCCCCAAAGCUGAUGCAAAAAAAAUAGCAUAAAUACUUUAAUUCCAAAGAUAUAUAAAAUUGCGAUUAAAAAAAGUAGAGAGAGAAAGAGAAUGUCUUGGCUCUUCAAGUCCAACGACCCUGACCCAGAAUCUUCUCACCUUCACCGCACCGUCAUCCACUCCAAUUCGCCGCCGGCCACUCCGCCACCCGCCGCCGCCGAUCGUCAUGGUGUCAAGGACGAUUUAUCGCUUAUUUUCCGCGGCGUCGCCAACUUUCUCGCUCCACCGCCGUCUUCUUCCUCCUCCGCCGGUGAUUCCUCGCCUUCGCAAACUCUGAGCGGAAUCCGGAACGAUCUGGUGGAGAUCGGCGGAAGCUUCAAGAGCUCUCUCUCGCUUCUCUCCACGAACAAAGCCGUCACCGGAAUCUCCAAGUUCGCUUCUCAGUUGCUGCAAUUGGAGCCUGAUCAACGACGAAGUAACGAUGAUGCGGUGCCAGGGACUACGGAAAAUGUUGUUCGUUUCGUGAAGGAAAUUUCUACAAGGCCUGAGUGUUGGACCGAAUUCCCUUUGCCACUCCAUAAUAAUGCAGAUUUCAGCAUGUCCAAUUCUCAGAGAGAACAUGCAUUGGCUAUAGAACGUCUGGUGCCUGAAUUUGUUGCUCUAAGACUGAACCUUUGCAGUUACAUGAAUGUGGAAAAGUUUUGGAUGAUCUAUUUUUUGUUAAUACUUCCAAGACUAGAUCAGCACGACUUUGAGUGCCUAUCAACCCCCAAAAUUGUUGAAGCAAGAGAUGUGCUUCUUCUGAAACUUGAAGAGAGGAAAAAUUUGCAAGCUGAAGAAUGUGAAAAACCAAGGACUGUGGAUACAGCAUAUGAAGAAGUUAGGGAGGACAGUGGAACAGAAAAUGUCUCAUUUGAACAAAACCAGAUUCUGACAGAGGUUACAAAUGCAGCAAAGGGUUUAGAAAUUGAUGACAUGAUUAGUUCUGAAAAAUGGGAAGAUACAGAUAUUGAUGCAACUUCAUUGACUUCCGGUACAAAACUUCAACAGGAGGAGGACGUCUCAUUCAGUGAGCUAGAGGACGAUGGGAGUGAUAGCUCUGAUAAAUUCUCAAGCUAUAAGGAGGCACGGGACAUCAGGGGUUCAUCACCAGAGGGUUCUAGUAGCUGGGUUCAGCUGCAUGAAAGUUCUGAGAGAGGCGGCCGGCAGAAGGCUAUCCGUGUAAAAGGUAAGGAUUCAGAAGAUGAAUCAAAUGAUUGGCUCACUGUUGAUGAUUUUAAUUAGAUAGGCUUUUCUUGAUUCAGCAAGGUGUAAAGGUUCAAUAUUUCCCCCUUCUCUGUGGUUCUGUAUUUAGGGAAUACAAAAUCGUAUAAAUUGAAGUAUUUCUAUUCAUAUUCACACGUACACAUUUCGUGUUUGUACAAGGCUACUGUUGGGCAUUGGGUAAAUAUCAUUCAUUGUUUGAGUGUACAAUGCAAACAAAAUCAAGGAUUUCUACUAUUGUAUUU